AAAAUCUCUUCUCUACAUAGGAAGAUUGACGCUUCCUGAGAGGUCCUAGACCUCAUUCCCCAGCCAUGGAGCAACAAGCAAACAGGACGCAUCGCCCCACUAAGGAAAAGAAGAAAUAUGAGGGGAAAAAUCCGAAGGCAUUCGCAUUCUCAAAUGCUGGAAAAGGAAAUAGGGCAGGCGCAAGAUCGCACGAUAUCAAAGAGAAAAGACUUCAUGUGCCCUUGGUUGAUCGCUUGCCUGAAGAGGCUCCACCGCUAGUUGUGACAGUCGUUGGACCCCCGGGUGUUGGAAAAACGACCCUCAUCAAGUCCCUCAUUCGCCGAUACACCAAGCAGACACUCAGUACACCUAAUGGCCCCUUGACGGUGGUAACAUCAAAGCGGCGACGUCUGACUUUCCUCGAAUGCCCUUCCGACUCUCUCGCCAGCAUGAUCGACGUGGCCAAGAUUGCCGAUAUCGUCCUUUUGAUGAUUGACGGCAACUACGGGUUCGAAAUGGAGACAAUGGAGUUCCUGAACGUUCUCUCUUCCAGCGGUAUGCCAGGAAAUGUUUUUGGCAUCCUUACUCAUCUGGAUCUCUUCAAGAAGCAAAGCACCCUCAGAGACGCUAAGAAACGUCUUAAGCAUCGAUUUUGGAGCGAGCUUUACAACGGUGCCAAACUUUUCUACCUCUCUGGUGUAGUUAACGGUCGCUAUCCUGACCGUGAAGUGCACAAUCUCUCCCGCUUCCUCUCGGUCAUGAAAAACCCUCGACCCUUGGUAUGGCGCAACUCCCAUCCUUACGCCCUUGCAGACCGCUUCCUGGAUAUUACGCCCCCAACCCAGAUUGAGGAAAACCCAAAGUGCGACCGAACCGUUGCUCUGUAUGGGUAUUUAAGAGGAACAAACUUUCCUGCUCAAGGAGCUCGCGUACAUGUACCUGGUGUGGGUGAUUUAACAGUCUCUGGAAUCGAAGCACUUCCAGACCCUUGCCCAACUCCCUACAUGGAUCAGCAAAUCGCGAAAACUUCUGGCAAAACGAGCAAGCGCAGGUUGGGUGAUAAGCAGAAGCUGCUGUUUGCGCCCAUGUCGGAUGUCGGAGGUGUUUUGGUUGAUAAGGAUGCAGUCUAUAUUGAUGUGAAAACUUCGAAUUUUAACAGGGACUCCGAUGAGGAGGAUGAGGAUGCGAAUGAGGACCGUGGUUUAGGAGAACAACUAGUGGUCGGUUUACAGGGUGAGCGGAGGUUACUUGGUGCGGCUGACACCGGUAUGCGUCUCUUUCGAGGCGGAGAAGCCAUCAACAAGGCAGAUGAUCAAGUCGGUGCCACUGGAAGGAAGCACAAAAGAAACGUUCGGUUCCUUGACGGGGAGGAAAACCAGGAUGUUUCUGGAGAUGAAGAUGAAGGGUUCGAAAGCGGGGAAGACGAUGAAGAGGAUGAACUGGAUCAAGGUGACAUGGAAGACAUUAGCGACGAAGAUGGAGAAGGUUUGGAUAUUUCUGCGCCUUCGGACUUUGGAGAAAAGUUUAAGGAGAGGCAAAAUGGAAAUACUUCCCGGAAUGACACGGAUCUUGAAUUUGCCGACAGCGACUCUGAUCUUGGCUCCAUCUCUUCCGCUGAAGACCAAGUUCUGGAAAGCGAUGUGGACGAGGACGAGGACGAGGACGGGGAUGAGAUCGAUGGUGAAGAUGAUGGUACAAUCAGAUGGAAGGAAAACAUGCUUGCCCACGCCAACUCUCUGCACUCCAAGCGCCCCAAGUAUCGAAUUGCCGAUCUGUCGCGCAUCAUGUAUGACGAGUCAAUAACCCCAGCUAAUGUGAUCCGACGAUGGGGAGGUAAAGAUGAGGAAGAGGAAGGUGCUGGUUCUGAAGUUGAUGAAGAGGACGAUACCUUUUUCAAGAAGACAAAUGUUGAAAAGGAUGAUGAGGCCGAUUACCGUGCUGUCCCUGAGUACGACUACGAGGAGUUGGAGAAAAAAUGGCGCGACGAAGAAAUGAUCGAAUCUCUACGAGUCCGCUUCGCGUCUUCCAAAAUGUCCGGUAUUGGCGACGAUGAUGACGAGGAUGAUUCUGAUGUCGACGAUGCCUUUGACGAGGACGCUGAAGGGGAUGGUGACUUUGAGGACUUAGAGACCGGAGAAGUCUUCAAUGGAUUCGACGAAGGCAAAGACCAAGAAAACGAAGAAGAAAACGAAGGCUCUGUUGACUUAGAAGCCGAACGUGAGCGCAACGCGAAAAAGAAGGAAGAGUUGAGGCUUCGAUUCGAAGAGGAGGACCGCGAAGGAUUUGCGAACUCGAAAGACAACUCUCGACAAGAUGGUGCGGAGCCGGACGAAGAGUUCGGGGAGGACGAGUGGUACGAUGCUCAAAAGGCCAAACUUCAGAAGCAGGUCGAUAUCAACCGCGCCGAGUUUGAUACACUUGACGCUGCUUCGAGAGCUAGGGCAGAAGGCUACAAAGCGGGAACAUACGCACGCAUUGUGCUCGAGAAAGUACCUUGUGAAUUUGCUACAAAGUUCAACCCUCGAUUCCCCGUAAUCGUUGGUGGGCUGGCCCCUACCGAGGACCGCUUUGGAUAUGUCCAGAUCCGUAUCAAGAGACACCGCUGGCAUAAGCGGAUCCUGAAGAGCAACGACCCUCUGAUAUUCUCUCUUGGUUGGCGUCGCUUCCAAACACUCCCCAUGUACAGCACAUCCGACAGUCGAACACGAAAUCGCAUGUUGAAGUAUACCCCGGAACAUAUGCAUUGUUUUGCUACUUUCUACGGACCUCUCGUGGCGCCAAACACAGGUUUCUGCUGCCUCCAGUCCUUCUCAAACAAGACCCCCGGCUUCCGGAUUGCUGCCACGGGAGUGGUGUUGAGCGUGGAUGAGCAUACCGAAAUUGUAAAGAAACUCAAGUUGACCGGUGUGCCGUACAAGAUCUUCAAGAACACGGCCUUCAUCAAGGAUAUGUUUAAUUCAUCACUUGAGAUUGCCAAGUUUGAAGGCGCGUCAGUUCGAACCGUCUCCGGCAUUAGAGGUCAAAUCAAGCGGGCCCUGAGCAAACCGGAAGGGUACUUCCGUGCAACAUUCGAGGAUAAGAUCCUGAUGAGUGACAUUGUCUUCCUUCGCGCAUGGUACCCUAUUAAACCACAUCGCUUCUAUAACCCGGUCACCAAUUUACUGGAUUUGGACGAAGCUUCCGGUGAUGCUGGAUGGCAGGGAAUGCGACUUACCGGUGAAGUCCGGCGCGAGAAAGGAAUCCCCACGCCCCUCGAGAAGGACUCGGCCUAUCGGCCAAUUGAGCGGGCUACGCGCCACUUCAACCCUCUCCGAGUGCCAAAGCAGCUGGCUGCAGAUCUUCCUUUCAAGUCCCAAAUCACUCGGACGCGGGCGCGAAAGGACAAGACUUACUUGCAAAAGCGUGCUGUCGUACUAGGGGGAGAGGAGAAGAAGGCUCGAGACCUCAUGCAAAAGCUGAACACCUUGCGUAACGAUAAACAAGCCAAACGAGCGGCAAAGCAGGAGGAGCGCAGGAAGGUUUAUCGCGCGAAGGUAGCGGACAGUCUGGAAAAGAAGGCGGAAAGAGAGAAGCGAGAACGCGAUGACUACUGGCGACGAGAGGGGAAGAAGCGAAAGAAUGAUGACGGAGAAGGUGGUGGAGGGAAGAAGCGCAAAUACGGUGUUUUCUAUGCUGAUAUUCGACGUACUGCGCGGUUCGCGGGAGGAAUUGAACUAGGAAAGCACACGAGUUUCCAGUUCGACUCGCCCUACCAGAUAUUGUCUUCGAUGAGAAAGAUGAGCGGUCCCUUGCACCUCGAUAAGUGCGAACACAUGCAUGGUGCGCAACCUUCUUCGCUGACGAGUCGGCAUGCUAUGGAAAAUGUUGACAACCAAAGUCGCUUGACCUCCGAUGGCUUGUUGAGUGCGAUUCCGGAGGAGCACGGCUCAGCUCAAGACGCGCUAGACAAUGGGCCACCGCGACUCCAUACUGUGGGAAUAGCCUCCAAUAUCUCAUCAGAUCAACACCCAGAUUCAGGGCCUAAGAAGCAUUUUAAGGGCUCUCAAUCCAAGCCGGGUAUGGAUAAGGAUGGCCAAAACCAAGAUCGGCCAUUGGGACCCGAGAAAGCCGCAUAUAAGCUCGCUAAAUCCCCAGAAACUUCUGUAGAUAAGGGCGAGGUAGUAAAACAUGAACGAAUUGGCUCCAGGUCGCCGGCUAUGGGAAUGGAGGUUGAUGUUCUUCAGGCUCCAGCAGCGGCCCAAAGCCAAUUUCAUCAUCAUCAUCAUCAUCAUCAUCAUCAUCAUCAUACAUCAAGCGGGGAAGGAAAUGCGACAGGCGUUAUUCGGCCCUCUAAAAAUAUCUCAAGGUCUUCCAACGUGCCUGGUCUGGACGGUCUUGGACACCGUCGUUCCAGGAGUAUUGGCUCGUCUUCCCGUGAUUCUAGAAUUGCUGCGUUGUCGCUACAACUCCGCGCGCGCUUGUCGCAUGCAGCCGCUAGGGUUGAGAAAAGGCGACAGUCGCACAGUAUUCACCUGCAGUCGCCUACAAGCAUGCUCAAGUCCAACAAUCCCACUUCUAUCCUUAGUGCAGCCGCUCUAGCAGGGCUAAGGCGAUCAGCACUCGUAGAAGAAAUUGAAAGCCAGCGCUUAGGAAACGAUUCUCCAAACACGACGGUUUCUGCGCCAGAUCCUCCCGCUACCUCCUCCCUUUGUCCUCUUGACGCCGCAGUCCGACUAUCUCCAGCCAACCUAUCAAAUGGCGCAUCGUCAGAAGUUGACCUUCAAAAAAAUCCCCAGUCUUCACUCUCAAUCGGUUCAAUUCCUUCAAAGCUUGCCCCGGCGGCUGAUAUCGUUGCUAGUCGUAUGGGCAGCCAACGGCGUCGACCGAACCCGAAUGCACCAAGUAUCGCUUCUUACCAUCCACCAUUUUCUCUCCAUCGACGCUAUCAUUCCCAACAAGAACUUGGGAUGAUGAGGUCAGCUUCCGAUUCCGAGGCUCCAUUUGUUCCAGAAACACCUCCACUUCAGCCGUCGGUCCCUAAUCUUAGCGCCGCAUACAAUGGUAUAUCUAAUCCCACAAAAAGCUCAUCAUCAAUGGAGCAGGACGCCAUUGAAACUUUGCUUUUCAUGUCCAGCCCAAGUCAUUCGGGCUACAAGUCGACCUCACAAAAUCCUCAACCGCAGCUCAGCCUACUCCCUAUUGGCGAUUAUGUCCCCCAGAGCGCUAAGAUAAAAACGCCAUGGGGGUCGAAAUCUCCCGAAACUGCCAGUGAUAGUCAAUCGGCACGGAAACCGCUGGAAGCUCAGGCUGGAGAUGAAAUUGAUCGAAUGCUUGAUCAAAUGGACAGCGAUAGUGAUGAUGAAAAAGAAUACACGUCGACCAAGUCUGCGCGCCUGCAAACUAGCACCCUUAAAGAACCUCACGCAGUUCCUGGGCCAUAGGAAUAUGAUGGCUUCUAUAGAGUACUUGUGGGAGCUACAUCGCCACUACACGUUGCAUUGUUAACAAUUGUCUGUAAAAAUGGUUUAACUCUUGGGUGCUUUUUGCGAGAGUUUGAUUUAAUGCAGUAUGAAAGGCGAUCUUUUUUUUUUUUUUUUUUUUUU